AUGGAUUCUACUGUGACAUUAAUUAAUAAUAAAUCUUCAAAACCUUCUUUAACUAAUAAUAAUUCGAUAUCAUCUCUACCACGAGUCUCACCUAACAAAUCUUUUGAAAAAAUAAAAGACGGUUAUGAACCCUUUAAGUUAGAAGGGAAUGACAAGGUUUUCUCACCCAAAAUAAGUAACAAGGACAAUAGUAACACAAAGCAAGCUCAACAAAAGGACAAUAGUAACCCUGAUAGCUUUAUAGAAGAUGACUUCUCACCCAAUUUAAAAUUUUUGUCACAACAAUCGUCUAACCUACCUUCGUCACUCUUUCCUACACAUACCGCUGGUCGCAAAUUAUCAAAGAUCUCAGAAAAAACCAAAAUAUCCACAAUACAACAGUCAAAAUUGGAAAGCAAACCAUUAAAACCCUUAACGACUUUGAGCAGAAGCUCAUCGUCUGAUGGGUCCGUUUCUUCAAAAGAUUCAGAGAGAGAUUUGUCGGUAUCAAGAGAGGAAAAGGUUGGACAGGAGGACAGUUGUUUGACAAAACAAACUCGUCGUGUAUAUAGUCAUAAUAGAGACGCACUAUCUAGAAUAUUGGAAGAGAAAGAUAUCAAAGCUUUAGUCUCAAAACAAACCGAGACUAUUUGUUAUAGUGAAGAAGGCGAGCAAAUAACUUCGGAUAUUUCAACAAUGUCAACUAAUAAUUUUCCUAAUACAACACCUAUACUCUCUAGUAAUCUCAAUUCCUCCGAACACCUUUCAACCUCAACAGACGUAUCAUCCAUACUGAAUCCAUCAUCCCUAUCUAUAUCCGUUCAUUCGGAAAAAUCGAUACUUGGUGAUAUGUAUAGCACCAUAAAACAAGGUCAACACGCUAAUGUAAAAGAAGGAAGAGCAGGAUCAUUACAUAGGGAAGAUAAAUAUCCGAGUCCAGGUGCUUACUUUUCUCACAUGAGCGGUCCAAUGGGAGAUUUGAGCGGUGGCCUAUCUCCCCAAAAAAGGCCAAGAUUUUACACGUCAAACAAUCAAAACAGAAAUGAACGAUGGCCUUCUCCUUCAAUAGAUCCUACACGAGAACGCAUGUCAGGAAGAAAGGUAAUGGAAGGUUGGCCUUCUUCUCCACGACGCAUGCAAUUAGCUAGUCCGCGCUUCAAAUCUUUAACUGAUUUGAUGGAAGGACCUGAAGGUUCUGAACAACAGAAAAGACAAGAAUCACGAGAGUUAGAGCAGAAAGUAAUUAUGGAGCGGAAAGAAAUUAAAGAAAUUAAGGAGCAGGAAGAAAUAUUAGAUUCAACAAAUGAUGAAAAGGAUAAGGACAUAUUACCUAAACCGGGGAAAUUUUUUGGUUCAAAUCGAACGAAUAAUUCUCGUUUCCUAGAAUUGAUGUCAAGUGAUGAAACAUCGCUAUCGCCGCCUGUCUUGAGUCCUCGGUCAUUCGGAAGACGACAGCAAAUGUCCCUUGGUAGUAAAAGAAUGUUAAAUAAUAAUCCCAAGAAAAUACGUGAGAAUAAUAGCGGAACUAGUUUAUCACAUUGCACACCAUCUAUUCCUGAAGAGGACAAAGAGGAUGAUGAUAUAAUAAUAGAGGAACAACAAGCAAAGACAAAAGGACGUGAAAAACGUAUUGAUUUAUUUUCUUCAAAAGAGAAAUAUGUAGAAGAAUCAAAAUCAGAGAGAAAAUCACCUGGCGCAAGAAUUACUCGUCUUUUCCCCUCAAUACAAUCCAGAAGGACCAUGCCACAAUUGACUGUUAGAACUCCAUUACCCAUUCGAUAUCCCCCUUCAGAGAUAUCUGAUAUAUUACCGUCACCUGCUUCUUCAAUGACACCGUCUGCAUCAUCGGCUCCUUUGACACCUGUUUCUGGUAAAUCAACUUCUUGGAGAUGGCCAAAGAGAUCUUUUAGCCCUGCGAAAGAGAAUCAUAAAGAAUUACCAAAUGAUGAUCCGGCAGAUCAUAUAGGUAAAGUAGGCAGUAAUAUAUGGGCAAAAAAGACAUUAGGACAAUUGAGAAAAUAUCAUCAACGUCAAAGCCCUAGUAUAUUGAGUAAAGGUUUUAAUUUAUCGAGCCCUUUAAAAGAACCUACUAGUCCAUUACAAUCCCCUGUAAGUGAUAUUUCAGACUCUAAAAAGUCUCCUGCUGUAUCAAUUCCAGAACAACCUCUAGAGACAAUCAAUGAAGAGGAGGAGGAUGAAGAAAUUGGCAUUUGGUCAAGUGAAGAAGUAGACCUAACAGAUUCGGGAGUAGAUGAAAAGAAACCUUCUACUCCAACGUCCAUAAGUAGUAUCUUGAAUCCUAAUAUUAUCGAAGAGGAACCACAGGGUAUGAAAGUCUCUCCAGAGCAUUUAACAGUAGUUGGUGGCAUGUUCGUAAGUAGAGAUAGCCCAAACGCGUCAACCACCUCUCUUACGUUACGAAGUAACCCCAGUAGCUCUUCUUUGGCUAAACAUAAUGCUAAACCUUUAUUCGAGACUACGUUUACCAUCUCAAAUAUUACAGAUAAACCACUUAGAUACGAAAUACUAUGGCCGGCAUUCCGGUUCGAUGUUACACCGGCUUACGGUGUUGUUAAACCUCAGAGCGUAACGUUGGUUAAGUUAUCGGUAAUGCAUAAACAUCUUUCCGCGGGUUCAAAACGCGAUGAUUCUAAAAAAUUGAUGGGCAUUCUUAAAGGUUCAGAAAAGGAUGAUGAUAAUAAACCAUUGAUGGGCAGAACUAGAUUGUUGGUGCUUUGUGAGAAUAAUGAACGUAAAGAAGUGAUAGUAGACAUUGUACAGGUGAAGAAGAAAGUGAAGGGUGAAGUAGAAUCUGUAAGAUCGUCUUCAAAAAAUGCUAAAGAUGAGGAUGGAAAUUUCAUUAGACGAUUUAGUAAAUCAAGUGGUAAGAGUUUCACCAGAACUGUGGAUGAUCUGAUUAAAGCUGCCAGAGCGCGUACUAGAAAACAGACCAAGCCAGAAGAUAGACCCAGGCCAGCUAAAAUUAGUAGUGUUUCCAAAGGUAAAUCCACGGCUGUUGGCACGACGAAUAAAGUUCAAAGCGCACCACCUCUUAGAAGAAGUAUUUCAAGUAAACCACCUAGUCGUUCAAGCAGCCCAGAAGGUAGUAAUAAAAAUCGAGUUGUCCGAAGGAAAGCAUCAUCAUCAUCAUUACGUAGUCGACCUAAUACGCCCGACCGUAGAAAUAGUACAUCGCCUUCACCCAAUCCUCGUUCUCGCACACCUGACGAAUCCAAAUCCAUUAAGCAACUCCCCCAACGCAAAAAUUUUCUUUACGUCGGUGCUCCAGGAAAUAUUAGUUGUUCUCCGACCACUAUUCGAGAAACAAACCAUAGCGUAUUCCGUAUUCAUAAUCCAACAAAUAAACCUGUUACAUGGCAUCUUACGACUGCGACGAAUCCUUUCCUUCGUCUAUUCUUGAUUAUGAAAACGAGCGGAUUUCUUCGACCUGGCCAAACCGAAAAGGUGGUGGUAAGUUUUCGUCCUGUGAUCGUAGGGACGUAUCAUCAAAGCUUUAUGUUGGAAGAUUCUAUGAACGCGGACGGUGCUGGUGGAUUAGGAGGUGUCAGUGUUCGUAUACAAGGUGAAGGAAAACUUGACGUGUCAGCCCCUGUAAGACCUGAUAUAAAGCGAAAUAGUGGAUCUAGGUUAAAGGACUUUGAAGUUUCGGAGACAGAGGUACAUAUUCCAGCAACUAGAGUAGGAAAACGAAGAUCAGUGGGAAUUAAAAUACAUAAUCCGUCUAGUCAGUUGAUAAGGAUAAAAUGCAAAGUAGAGUUAGGAAGCGAUUCCAAUGAAGCGUUAACAGCAUUAUCAAUCCCUUUGUCCAGUGUUCAAAUUAAACCACGUGCAUUUGUAUUACUUCCAAUACGUUUUCAACCAAAGGAAGAGGGUGAAAUUCGGGGUAUUAUAAAGUUACAGGCUGUCGGUAGAACAGAGGUCAACGUAGACAUUGUAGCGGAAGGAGUUUCGGAUGCUCCAUUAGAAAUAUCUUCAUGA